AGAUCUGAUGCCACCCGGCAGAAGAUUGGCGUCUCGGAAGCCCGGCUCCCACCGGGUGCCCAGGAUGCCCCGGGAGAAGCUUUUGCAGGAAGCAGCCUGGUUGCGGAUCAAAGGGCAAAUGCGGGAUGGCAGAGAGAUGUUGAAAUCCUACAGGCAGCAGAGCACAUUGCCCCAGAAGCCCCGUCAGCUGACCGAAGCCCUGGGGAAGAUCAGCUGGAAGAGGAGUUCCCCUGCUCCCUUCAUGAGCCACCCAUUGGGACAGGAGGCUGGCUGCUGCUGAGCAGGCGCGUGCCCCCAGGCCCUCAGAGACACGUCGCCAGCAGGCUCGAGGAAUCCACUGAGGCCUCCAGUCGCCUGAGGGUUCCUCAGGUGAAAAGCACAGACAUAAGGGCCCUAACAAAGUCUGAAAUGGAAUCCAUGGGCUCCUCAGCAGGGGCGCAGUGGAAGGUCAGUGCCCCAGCGGAAGAGGAAAAGGAGUGCAGAAAAGUCCAGAAAGUGGUACUGGAGAAUCUGGAUGAGAGAAAUAAACUGGGCCGAGGAAGAAAACCUGAUGACCAGCAGACCAGUACGCCCUCCCAGAAGGUACCUCAACAGCCGACAAGUAGACCCCCUCGUAAAAAGUAUGGCAAACGCAAAGGGGUCGUUCGGAGGAGUACCGAGAAGAGAGAAGCCUCAGGAUCACCGCCAGUUGGUGCAGAGAGUGAGGAUGCCUCGUGCGGUGACAAAUCACAGGUGCACACUACCUCUGCGAAUGCUCAAGCAGAAAGGCAAAUAAAAGCAUCACGGAGGUCCAGCGCGUGCCAUGAUUUCCCGACACUGUCGGGACACGAGGGUGAGAAAGAGGGCAAGGCAAAGGCACAAGCCUCCACAGCUAAGUCCCUGCGACCCACAGUCCUGGAGGAGGGUGCAUGUGCUAAUGAUGGACAGAUUGCCCCAUCCCGGCCACCGGGUCUCAUCCCCACUGUGCCCAUAGCUCUGAACGCAGAGGCACAGGACACCUGGACAAAGACCCUGGCUACCCGCUCUUUGUGCUCAGCCGUCUCAGGGAAUGCUGAGGACCCUGGAGAGGGCCCCUCGAAGCCAGGGGCGCAGUGGAAGGUCAGUGCCCCAGCGGGAGAGGAAAAGGAGUGCAGAAAAGUCCAGAAAGUGGUACUGGAGAAGCUGGAUGAGAGAAAAAUACUGGGCCGAGGAAGAAAACCUGAUGACCAGCAGACCAGUACGCCCUCUCAGAAGGUACCUCAACAGCUGGCAAGUAGACCCCCUCGUAAAAAGUAUGGCAAACACAAAGGGGUCGUUUGGAGGAGUGCUGGGAAGAGAGAAGCCUCAGGAUCACUGCCAGUUGGUGCAGAGAGUGAGGAUGCCUCGUGCGGUGACAAAUCACAGGUGCACACUCCCUCUGCGAAUGCUCAAGCAGAAAGGCAAAUAAAAGCAUCACGGAGGUCCAGCACGUGCCAUGAUUUCCCGACACUGUCGGGACAUGAGGGUGAGAAAGAGGGCAAGGCAAAGGCACAAGCCUCCACAGCUAAGUCCCUUCGACCCACAGUCCUGGAGGAGGGUGCAUGUGCUAAUGAUGGACAGAUUGCCCCAUCCCGGCCACCGGGUAUCAUCCCCACUGUGCCCAUAGCUCUGAACGCAGAGGCACAGGACACCUGGACAAAGACCCUGGCUACCCGCUCUUUGUGCUCAGCCCUCUCAGGGAAUGCUGAGGACCCUGGAGAGGGGCCCUCGAAGCCAGACCGAAUUAGGAAGCUACAAGCAGCACUUUGUUCAAAAGGACUGCAAGAACACCGACCUCCUGCUAAGUCGAUGUCUAGGAAUCCCAUCCGCAAGGCUAAAAUGGCUGGUGGUAAACUAGGGGGACAACUUGCCAGUAUGGCUCUGACACAGGAGCCUCCUACAGUUGAAAGAGGAAUGAUGGUGUGGUUUAAAUUUCAAGACCACCCAUUCUGG